AUGUCAACUCAAUUUGAAACUUUUGAAUAUCUCGAUGGAUAUUCACUUUGUUCAAUUUUUUAUGGAAUGAAUCAACGUUUGAAUGAUCUUCUUCGACUAUGUAAAUUACAUAUCGAGUUUAAUAAACAUAAACGAGAUAAAAAGAUUUGGCAUACACUUGCAACGGUUAUAAAUCCUGAACAAAGUCAUAUAUUAUCAAUCGAUAAUGUUAUUAUUCCUGACCGAUGUUUACCUUUUAUUGGAAGAAAUCUUGUUUCAUUGUAUAUUUAUCAAAUGAAUGAAACUACAACUGAUACAAUACUUAAACAUCUACCACUUGACAAUCAACUUAAAACAUUAUAUAUCGAGAAAAAAGAAGAUUGCUAUAUCUCUCGCAGAAAUUCCUAUACGGGUUGUGUAUUCUUUAAUCAUGGACAUAAAUUUAUUUCGCUCGUGAAUUUAUCUUUGGCAAAUUACCGUACUCAUAACGUUCCAAUAACUACAAAUAUUUUCUUAAAACUUCGUCGACUUUCAUUAACAAAAUACAUUUGGGGACCAAAUUUUGUUCAAUUCCUUCAAAAAAAUGUGCCGAAUCUUCAAUCAUUAUAUUUCUAUCCAAUACACAUAUCUCCUAAUGAGUUAAAACCGUGUAUUAUCAAAAAUAUUCAAGAACUCGAUAUAAAUGCUAGAUAUAACUUCAAAUAUUUGCAAAAUAUUUUAUCUAUACUACCUAACUUGAAACGUCUUCGAAUUUGUUGGAAAGAUACUUCAUCGAUAAAUUCUAUCAACAGUACUCAAUGGAAAGAACUCAUCGGAAAAUAUUUUCCUCGCUUGAAACAUUUAACUUUAGAAUUUCCUGAUGGAAUCGAUGAAGAUCUGGCUGAAACGUUUUAUACAAGAGAAUUGUGGCCAACAAAAAAUGUUGUAAUGAAAAUGAUGGUGAAUAAAGCUGAAACUCGAUAUCGACAAGUGAAAACAAUCUAUUUCAAUCAUCAAUGGCAUUUUAAAUAUUUUGAUUAUUGUAAAAACAAAAAUCAGAAUGAUAAUUACACAUUACAAUCACGAUCACCAUCAACUUCAUCAUCAGACUCGAAUACUUCAUCGGAGUCAGUAGCACAAAGACGGAAACGAUCGUCUUCGUCAUCACGAACACCACCUCGAUCAACAUCAAAACAUCAAUUACAACUCCAAAAAAAAUGCGAUCACGAUCACGUUCAUGACGAUUACAAUUGUCACUUUCUUUUUGUGCAAAAUUCAAGUUUCACUUCUGAGAAAUUUGUAAUGGUAAUAAUUUAA